AACGUAGCUUUCACACCAAGUAGCAGAAAUCUCGUUUACCUGCCGAGGAAUUACUUGCCUCAAGAUCUCCUAGAUUUGGGCUGUUGAUGAUAAAUCAAUAAGUAAUUAUAUUUUCACGACAACGGAAGUGUUGAGGGAUCCUUGCGUGUGGAAAGAACAGGGAAAAGUCUUCCAGAAGACAUGGCCACGCCAUCAACUGCUUCGUUCAAGUUUCAGUAGAUAAUUUCUAAAAAGUAGUUUAAUUAGAUGAUACUUCCACAAGGACUUGGACUAUUCUACGAGCGGGUGCAUGCCAUUUACUUUCUUCAUUAUUCUAUUCCAUGUUUCCUGAUCACGUGUCCGUAGGUUGCUCUAUUUAACGCCUCCAUCAGGCCAAGAGCCUUACACACUUCUCGCUACCCAAUUCUUCCUUUGAGAAAUUUUAAGUAAUCAAAAUCCCAAAAAUAAUGUUGACUUUUCAGUUGUGUGUCGUUGCUUUGCUUGUUAUAUGCAUUACUCACUGGAUUUAUAGAUGGAGAAAUCCCAAGUGCAAUGGAAUCCUCCCUCCAGGCUCCAUGGGGAUCCCUCUCAUUGGCGAGACCCUUCAAUUACUCGUCCCCAGUAACUCGUUUGAUAUUCCACCUUUUCUCAAAACCAGGCUCCAGAGAUACGGGCCAAUUUUCAGAACCAAUGUGGCAGGCAGGGCAGUGGUUGUAUCUGCUGACCCUGAAUUCAACCAUUUCAUCUUUCAACAACACGGUAGGUUGGUUGAAUCAUGGUACUUGGACUUGUUCGCAAAGCUCUUCAAGCAAGGGGAAAACAGGCCCGAUGGAGCCUAUGUUCACAAGUAUGUUCGGAACUUGGCUUUGAGUCACUUUGGCGUGGAGAGCCUCAAAGGGAAACUGCUUCCUCUGUUGGAAGCAACGGUUCGUGAGACCUUCAGCGCUUGGUCCAACCAGGAAUCCAUUGAAGUAAAAGACGCUGUUUCAGCUAUGGCUUUCAACUUUGCCACAAGGGAGAUCUACAGUUCUGAUGCUGAGAAUUUCUCACAAAGCUUAAGAGACAUGUUCAUUAGCUUAGCACGUGGCCUCAUGUCCUUUCCCAUCAACAUCCCUGGUACAACCUAUAACAAAUGUUUAAAGUACCAUCAGGCAGCGUUAGAUAUACUGUCCGUUCUGGUAAAAGCAAGGCGUGCAUCACCUGAUCGGAUGCUCAAAGGGGAUGUACUUGAUCACGUUCUAGAAGACAUGAAAUCUGAGAAAUUUUUGACAGAAGAUUUCAUUGCUCAACUGAUGUUCGGGCUUUCAUUUGUUUCAUUCGAUUCGAUUUCAUGGGCAGCGACACUGCUCAUAAAGUUGCUUGGAGAUAACCCUCUGGUGUUAGAAGAAUUAACUGCUGAGCAUGAUGCAAUACUAAAGAAAAGAGAGCAUCCAAAUUCCUCAAUUACAUGGGAAGAAUACAAGUCAAUGACUUUUACCCUUCAAGUUAUCAAUGAGACACUCAGACUAGGAAGCAUAACACCGGGAUUGCUAAGAAGGGCGCGGAAAGAUAUUCAAGUCAAUGGGUAUACUAUUCCAAAAGGAUGGGCGAUUAUGCUUGUCUCUUCUGCGGUUCAGAUGAAUCCUGAUAUUUACAAGGAUCCACUUGCAUUCAAUCCAUGGCGUUGGAAGGACCUCGAACCAAGUGUUGUUUCCAAGAAUUACAUGCCAUUUGGUUCAGGAAUUAAGCAAUGUGCAGGAUCAGAGUAUAGUAAACUCUUCUUGGCCACCUUCAUUCACGUCUUAGUAACCAAAUAUAGGUGGAUAAAACUAAGAGGAGGAGACGUCACUCGAAUUCCUCUCUUGCGACUCAAAAACGGGCUUUGCAUUAAGAUCCUGGAGAAGAAUAAUUGAAGGACUGGCACCAAUUACUGUUAUAAAGUUGGAGAUUGCAUGGCUAUUGAAUUUUUAUUUAUCUGUUUAUGGUCGUAGUAUGUGAAGACGGAGCAGGAAAAAGAAAAAAUGUUAAAAGUAGCUAAAGAGAGAAAGUCUUGGUUGGUUAGUCAUGUACCACUUUCUAGUUUCCUUUCCCUUUCUUUGUUGGGACAUGUUUCUUUGUCCGGCUGUAAGAACUUUUGUGAAAUAUAUAGCAUAACUUUAAUAUUGAGAUAUGAUACAACAGUUAAAUUGGAAGUUCCCCAUUUCUUUA